UUUCAUUUCUGUGAAAACGAAAGUGGAUGCACUGGUUGUUUGAUGAACUGAAAACAUUGCUGUUAGUGUUAGUGUGAUAAUACGGAAUAUAUGCUUAAUCAAUCAUUUGUCUGCUGUUGGAUUUUAUUAAUUGAGGGAUAUGCAUUACAAGCUUGGGACAAACAUCACACUAGACACUAGAGGCGGCAGAUGACCUCACCAUGGAAAGGUUACUGAAAGAGAGAGAGGAUUCCAGAAAGAUGACAAACACGUGGGAUGGCACCAAGACUUUAGUAUUUCGUGAGGUUGAAGAUACCAGAACUAGAACACUAAAACAGUCCACGGAGAUAGUCGAUAUCACACUCAGUCGCCAUGUUCUGCAUCAAAUUGGUGCAAAAGGAAAGCCUGAGGACCACCAAGAGCUAAUCCGUCUGACCUGGGACAGUGUUAACGAUAGUUCUUGUAACCGCUCGUCUUAUGAAACCGUUCAGCGUGAUCAGAACCUACUCGAGAAGAUCGUUCAAUGUCUCUGUGAAAACAAUUUCAGCACCCUUCGCCAACUAUGUUGCACAUUUUACAACACAUAUACAACCAAGCUGACUUGCAUCAAGAUCAACCCGCUGACCUUCACCUUCCUUCAUCAGAAUGGGCAAGGUAUUGAAGAAAUGAGAAACCUCGGACCAGAACUGGCAAGCGUUUUGAAAAAACAACUUUCAGAAAUCCUCCCUGAAACUGAUGAUGUUAAACUUAACCUUCAGUUCUGUAGUGAUGACACUGGAUCAAGAAAGUAUCGCAUGCAGAUAUCAGGAGAAAGUGGAACAGAAAGGCGUUUUUCUCAGAUAGAGAAACAGAUCGAGUCAUUGAGAUCUAUGUUUGAGGAGUGGACUGUGCAGCAGAGAACCCCUGUCGCAAGGACACCGUCACGUACUUCUGCGCCCGUUGUCAGUCAACAUGAAGAAAGAGACUCAGGAAAUCAAAAUCAUGUUCCUGGUCCGGCAGCAUCCUCUGACAGGACAUCUGAGAAAUACGAGGGAGCGGCAGAAGGAAAACAGAACACACAGGAGACCAUUAUAGCAACCGUUACAACAGCACAAACUCCACCUUCAGUUGAUCAGUAUCGACAAGUAAACCGAACGUUUGGAAUAACGGGCAACAGCUCAGAUGUAGACAACUCAGAGGUGAACUCAGAUGUUAAGAGGGUACUGCAUCAUGUAGUCGACCCUAAUCACGUAGAGGACAAACCAGGGGUCACACAGCUUCCUGAUUUUGAGUUGUCAGCGACCGGUGGAUACGGUGAAACUCCGGGUGUUUUAGGCAUGAAAAAUAUUAAAGUUGUUGAAGAUCUACCAUCUGCCACAACAACAGCAGGAAAUCUCACAACACCCCAGCAAUGCCUUACCUAUGAUGGGAGGAGGGCAGAAAGCAGCAGACAGAAUAGGAUUAAACUGAACCCAGCGCCACCCAAGGCAAAAGGUCUAGAUACCAUCUUGUGUCUUGAUGCAUCCUCAAGUAUGGGAACCGAUGGAUUUAAGGAAAUGAAGAGGAUCGCUUGUAGCUUCAUUGAUGGGUUGGACGACAUCACAUCCCAGUACGAGAUAGAGGAGAACGUUGCUGUGGUGUCUUUUGGAGGAACUCCGCGGGUUGAGCAUCAUCUCAGCAAUGACUACGGGAGCAUCAUAACUGCUAUCGAAAAUAUUGUAUUUGGUGGUAGAUCGCCGCUUUUUGAAGCACUCAAAGAAUGUCUGCAGGCGCUCAGUGGCCGAGGGGGCUCCUUCAGUAUAUCCGGAGUUCAUCGCGUCCAACCACGCCUCAUUAUCAUUACUGAUGGGAAGGCGUCUGAUGAUAGAGCUGUUGGAGACGAUGCAGAAACUAUCGAUGACAACGUGAAACUGCAUGUCAUUCAAAUGAUGCAACAAUUUUCUGCAUCAGAAAACAUGUCCACUUAUCCAAGACCGGUAGUAUGGAUUCCCGCGGGCAAUGCCAAGAUGUCUUUCAUCAAAUCACUCGCGAGUUUUGCAUACGCACAACUUCUUUCUGGCAGUGACAUCAAGCAACUGUGCAAAUACCAGAGGAUUCAGGUGACCAUCGGGAAGAUAUUUGUGUGCAUGCAGAAUAACAUUGGCAGCAGUGGCUCGGGGGAUGAGACUGAGGCAAUUAUGAACGCCUUUGCUGGGGAUUUGGAUCCCGAAGACAAGGAAGAAGUACUUAACACCGUAAGAGCCAAGCUUGAAGGAAAGCCCGGAGUUGGAAGCGAAGAAUGUGGCCCUGUGGAUUUCGAUAAUGUCAUCGAAAGUGAGAACCCGGUCCUGCCUGCUCUUGGGACUAGGGUUGUGAGGGGACCUGACUGGAAGUGGGACAACCAGGACACUGACGGUGUUGGGACGGUUAUCAACCACAUACACGACCCAAGGAAAAUAUGUUGGAUUUGGGUGCACUGGGACAAUGGCAGCUGCAAUAAGUACAGAUAUGGAGCCGAUGGAGCUUUUGAUGUAAAGAGCGUUGAAUGUCAGCCGAGGAUGGUUUAUUCUGAUUUGUUGAUUGGCAUUGGCUGUGAGGUUCAGAGAGGUGCGGAUUGGCAAGAUGAGUACGGUGAUCAAGAUGGCGGCCCAGGAGGUGUUGGUGUCGUCGUCAGGGUGAAGGACAAUGGGAUGGUGAAGGUACGCUGGAGACUAACUCACCAGAUCAAUUCAUACAGAUAUGGAUAUGAUGGGAAAAUGGACCUGAUCUUAAGAGAUCCGGUCGAUAUUGUGAUGGCGUACUCAAAAGAUGACACUCCAGGAAUUGCGUCGCCAGGAGACCAAGAUUUCCUUACACAGACUCAGUGGAUGUGGCAGUGGAAAGAUGAAACGGGUAACUGGGUAUCAUACAGUGAAGAAAAUGAGAAGAGGCUGGAACACGCCUAUGGGAAACGUUCAAACGGUUCCUGUCUUCUAAGCAUCAACGGCCUGCAGUACAGGGUUCUUUUCAAGGAGUGGCAUCAGCGACGAUUGGAGGACAAUGUCAGAAUGGACGUUCAUAGAAUACCAAUGGAUCGACAAUAAAAACGGGAUCUUUCAUGUUUCACAAGCAUCAGCGACCAUGACCUGCUGAUGUAAAUAGCAUUGCAUAUUGUCGAUAUUGUUUUAUAAUUAAAUUUUCGUUGUGUUCAUUGUAAUUCCUGCAUUCUGAUUAUCUGAAUUGGUCACGUGUUAUUGCAUUCAUUUUCCAUUGAAUGUAAAAGAAUUAGCCAUGCUCGCCGAAGCAGACUACUUUUAAAACUAUGGAAUGUCGGGGUAUCCCAAUGUUACAGUCGAGAGAAUUCCCUGUCUGCUUACCUGCAUCGUUAUGCACAGGACUUUUUUAGCAACAUUUAUGCAUAAUUCAUGGUCCUAACCCGCCUUUGAGGCCGAAUCU